AUGAACCGUCGAUAAAAUUUCCGAUAAAUUUAAACACGGUCAACUAUACUGACCAUGACAUGGAAAAAAAUGAAUUGGGGGGAUGAGAAAGCAAAGCAAGUAUAGUAUCCGAAAUGCUUGCUUUCUCUUUUCUUUCAUCUCUCACGCUUUCUCUCUUCUGUCCUGUAGCUAUAGCUCUCUCUCUCUCUCUGUUUCUUUCUCUCUCUUCUCUCUCUCUCUCUGGCGCCAUUCCCAGCACCUCACACCAGAGAGCGAGCGAGCGAGCGAGCCUGUCACAAAAACACCCUAUUCUCCAUUUUUACUCCAAUCUUCAAUUACCCCCAAAUUUCAAUUUUAUUAAUCAAUUUUCACCCUUCAAACCCCAAACCCUAGCCCCCUUUUUCCAUUCUCAAAUGCCGCGUUUUUGCUGAUUCUAUAUUCCUUCACGAAGAAUCCUCUUCACAGAGCUAGGGUUAGGGAUUUGACGCUAAUGGAAGGGAACGGGGCAUCAUCGGCAUCUUCUUCAUCUUCCAAUUCGAGAAGAUAUGGAUUCCCGUCGGCAGCCAGCAUAAUUCAAGCACCGUUAUCGGCGCUCCUGGAAUACUCUGGUAUGCUUCCCUCCAGGUCGAAUCAGCAUCAGCAUCAGCAUCAACCUAACCCUGAUUCUGUUCCCAACAAUGACGAGGUUUCGAUUAGGAUCAUCGGUUCUACUGAGCAAGAUAAUCAUAGGGAAGAAGACGCAAUACCGUUGGUGGUUAAUGAUGGGGCUACGACAGCUGGGAUGACGUCUUCCCCUUCACAUGAGGAUGUUGAGCGGACGGGGGGUGGAAAUGUGGAUGCAGAAGAGGGUGGUGGUGGUGGUGAUGGUGCCAAUGGGAGAGAUUCUUCUUAUCAGAGAUAUGAUAUUCAACAUGCUGCUAGAUGGAUUGAGCAAGUCUUGCCCUUUUCUUUGCUUCUUUUGGUUGUCUUCAUUCGCCAGCAUUUGCAAGGGUUUUUUGUUACCAUUUGGAUUGCUGCUGUCCUUUUCAAGUCAAAUGACAUUCUGCGGAAACAAACGGCUUUGAAGGGAGAGAGGAAAAUGCCUGUUUUGAUUGGAAUUUCUGUUGCUUUUGCACUUCAUGUGGUUGGUGUUUAUUGGUGGUAUCAAAAUGAUGAUCUAAUGUAUCCGUUAGUCAUGCUUCCUCCCAAGGAGAUACCACCUUUCUGGCAUGCUAUUUUUAUCAUCAUGGUGAAUGAUACUUUGGCGCGCCAGGCUGCAAUGGUAUUGAAGUGUAUAUUGUUAAUGUAUUAUAAGAAUAGCAGAGGCCGCAAUUAUCGUAAGCAGGGGCAAAUGUUGACUUUAGUUGAAUACCUCCUCCUGCUUUACCGAGCCUUGUUGCCAGCACCAGUUUGGUAUCGUUUCUUCUUGAACAAAGAAUAUGGAAGCCUCUUUUCAUCACUGAUGACAGGAUUGUAUCUAACAUUUAAGCUUACAUCUGUUGUUGAAAAGGUGCAAUCUUUCUUUGCUUCAGUGAAAGCAUUGUCACGUAAAGAAGUGCACUAUGGGGCUUAUGCAACAUCAGAGCAGGUCAUUGCAGCCGGUGAUCUUUGUGCGAUUUGUCAAGAGAAGAUGCAUGCUCCAAUCUUACUUCGCUGUAAACACAUUUUCUGUGAAGACUGUGUAUCAGAGUGGUUUGAGAGGGAAAGGACCUGCCCAUUGUGCAGGGCUUUGGUAAAACCUGCAGACCUCAGGUCAUUUGGUGAUGGCUCUACUAGUUUGUUUUUCCAGCUAUUCUGAAAUCAUAUAUAGUACAAGCCAGGAAGUUUUUUCUGCUUUGAAGCUUUACUUUUGAAAGCAGCAAUCCUGAUCUAUAUACAAUCAACACUUGUAAAAUUCACUGGAGUCAUUUUGGAGACACUCUGAGAAGAUGAAUGCAGCUAAAUAGAAUUUAACUGGUCACAUAUUAUUCAUACAAUGUACUUGUAAGAGGUUAACUGUAUUAUAUAUGACCCUGUAAACUAGGAAGUCUAUUGAAUGUAUAAUUAAACGUGACUCUUCAUCUGCAAGGAAUGAAGAUCUCUUUCUCCAAAUUGCAGUCUGUCAUAUAUAUUGUGAAUCAAAUAGCAAUUUUUGUUUGUUUUGAA